UGGAAGUAUGGACAUGGAGAGGGUAGCCAGGAGAGCUCGAGCUAUGAUACUGGCUGCUGUUGCCGUUACCGCGCUCAUGCCGUUGCUCCCACCGUCGUCUGGCGCCAGCCAUGGUGAGGGAUGCACGACCACCUGCGGCAACAUCAGCAUCCCUUACCCGUUCGGCGUGGAGCCCGGCUGCUACCACGAAGGCGGCUUCAAGCUCACCUGCGACCACUCGUACGACCUGCCCAGGCUGUUCCUCGGCGACGGCACCGUGCAAGUGCUCGACAUCUCCAUCCUCAACGGCACGGUACGCAUCAAUAGUAACAGCGUCGAAUUAUUCCGCCUGGGUACCGGAGGUGCAAACGGUACUUGGCGAGCCGGCGGCCUCGGAUACGCCGGGCCGUACUUUCUAUCAGAAGCACAGAACAAGUUACUAGCCGUCGGAUGCGACGUCCAAGUCAUCCUCCGGGGAGAGAACAACACCCUUGGAAGCUCCUGCUCUCCGUUCUGCCUGGAAGCAGAUGGUGCGGCAAGCAUCGAUGCGUCCUCCGGCAUCGGCCGCUGCCAGGCAACCAUACUAAAGGGUGGCGCGUCCUAUGGAAUCCAGCUUCAUCAGCUUGGCUUCGCUUCUUCCGAAGAGACAUACACCGGCGUGUUCAUAAUGGAAUGGGACUAUUCCUUUAACAUUGCAGAAUAUAUCUUUGGCUAUCAAACGGUCCCUGCCGUGCUUGGCUGGACGAUCAACGACUCGAACUGUCAUAGCAAUGGGUCUUCGCCUUCCUGCCGCAGUAACCACAGCUUUUGUGAGAACUAUGAUUCUCACUUUGAUUUUCAUCCAAGUCAUCGUGGGCAUAACUGCUGGUGCUCUGAUGGUUACCAAGGCAAUCCAUACAUCCCCGAUGGCUGCUAUGACAUUGACGAGUGUGAACACCCAGAAGAACAUCAAUGUUAUGGAAUCUGCACAAAUAUGCCCGGAACUUUUCAUUGCCGCUGUCCUGGUGGAACCUACGGGGAUUCACAGAUAAAACAGGGAUGUGUCGCAACAAAAAACUCGUGUACAGGUUUAAGAGUAGGCCUAGGGGUCGGCGGUAUUGUGCUUCUGGCACUUUCUGCUCCCUAUAUAAGAAGCAAAAUCAAGUCAAGUAGAGAAAACGAACUGAAACAAAAGUUCUUCAAGCAAAAUCAUGGGUUACUGUUGCAACAAAUCGUAUCACAGAAGACCGACUUUGGUGAAAGAAUGAUCACUCCCUUGUUGGAUCUAGAGAAGGCCACAAAUUUUUUUGAUAGAACUCAUGAGGCUGGCGGCGGAGGACAUGGUAUUGUUUAUAAAGGACUUCUAGGGAUACAUGUUGUGGCCAUAAAAAAGUCGAAGAUUGUUGUACAAAGAGAAAUUGAUGACUUCAUAAACGAGGUUGCAAUUCUUUCUCAGAUCAAUCAUAGGAAUGUCGUGAAGCUAAUCGGAUGUUGCCUUGAGACAGAAGUCCCGUUGCUGGUUUAUGAGUUCAUUUCAAAUGGAACUCUUGAUAGCCAUCUUCAUGUUGAAGGGACAACAUCAGUUUCAUGGAAUGAUCGAAUCAGGAUUGCGCUUGAAGUUGCUAGAGCUAUUUCCUAUUUACAUUCGGCUGCUUCAAUGCCAAUAUAUCAUAGGGAUAUUAAAUCCUCAAAUAUACUUCUUGAUGAUAAUUUCACAGCCAAGGUAUCUGAUUUUGGAGCUUCAAGGUACAUCCCAAUCGAUCAAACAGGAGUGUCUACAGCCGUACAAGGAACAAUUGGCUACCUAGAUCCCAUAUACUAUUAUACUGGUCGUCUAACAGACAAAAGUGAUGUUUUCAGUUUUGGUGUUCUUCUUAUAGAACUGCUAACUAAGAAGAAACCAUGUGUUUUUCGUGGUGGCGAUGGUGUUGGUCUGGUUUCACAUUUUGUUUCGUUGCUCACGGAAGGAAAGCUGAAUGGGAUAAUAGAUCCUCAAGUGAUGGAAGAGGAAGAUGGAGAAGUCCAGGAACUGGCCACGCUAGCAGCGAUGUGCACUAAACUGAAGGGAGAAGAUCGUCCUACAAUGAGGGAAGUUGAGAUGAAGCUUGAAAAUUUGAGACCUACUAAGAGGCAUGCUGCACCUGAUACUGCAUCAAGUAGUUCCACUAGGGAUCAUUUUAGGGCUUCAUACAUGUCGGUUGAAGUUGUUAGCAAGGAAGCAAGCAGACAAUACACCAUGGAAGAAGAAGUAUUGAUGUCUGCAAGAAUUAGAACGAGGAACAGAAGCACAAGAAAGCCGACAGUCUCGAGUUGGAAGCCAUUGCAAGGGCAUUAUGUCCUGAUGUAAGUGUCAGUCUA